UCCCUUCCUUUUCAGCCUGACCUCCUCUCUUCCAGCCUGCUCCAUCUCAUUUUAGAGUGCAUUUCUCCCAUGAUACAACCGUGGCACUUGAAAAAACAGCAAAGAAAGGCGGUAACUUCCGUGAGGCAGAGAUCUUAUUUUCAAAAAGAUUGUAAUAGACAAUAUAAAUUCAUAACAGGGAAAACAAAACUUCCCUGAGGUCGUCAUGGAUAGAUGCAACAAAGUUAAACUGUUAUUAAAACAGUGGGAGGCUUCAUUUUUUCAGAAGAACCAGAGGAGAGCAAGCAAGGCUGACAUUUUGGAGGCUCCUGAAGACAUCAAGAAACUAUACAAAGAAUACAAGUCACUAAAGGAAACCAAAGGGCAUCAUGAAAGCCUCACUGAUUCAGAAGAAGUUUGCAAGCGAGCAACUCAGGAACACAGUGGAGCAGAACAGGUCUCUGAAGUGGAAGAUUGGGGAACACACCUGAAUCGAAGCCAGAGUAUUCCUAAACUGACCCCAAAAGAUCGGAACACACUGCAGGCUUCUGCACAGUAUUUUGGGAUGAAACUGAAGUGCAACUUGGGAGCAGCUGUUAAGGAGCGUCCUGUAGCUUCACCAAAAUCCCUUAUUCACAGGAGCAAGUCCGUCGCACUAGCGCAGAAGGGCCCUCAAGAGGCCACAAAGACGGCAUCUUCCAAACCACCAGAGGCUUCUUUGUUAAAAGACAGUACAGAGCAACUGUCUGGACCUGAUCCCAAGGAAAUAGCAGCCCUCCUCCCCUCUUUUCUCCCAGGGCCGACUCCUUCGAGGCUUCUGUCUCCUGAUCUAAAGCCAAAGCUUUCUUCACCUGGCAGGUUUCAGUGCCUGAAGCAGUCGGUGAGCCAACGACUGAGUAGCCUGGAUCCCAACUGGCUUGACCGGUGCCAAGGGUCCAACUCAAAGCCUGGGCAGGGACUGAUAGGAGACGGCUCUUGUGCCCCUCCGGAUAGUUCAGACGAACCCCAAGGAUCUCCGGAAGUCACUUCUGUGGAAGAACUAGGCCCUUUCCCUUGCACCGGAGAGAGGCAUUUUGAUUCUCCCGGAGGGGCCUGUCAAGGAGUCAGGCUGGCAGGGCAUCCCCCGGGCCCAAGUGUUGGAGGCAACCGUUGGCCCUGUGGGCAGGAGGGACAGACCACAACGAAGACCUCGCAUGAGGAAGAGGCCACUUCAGCACUCUCGGGAACCAAAGCUGAGCUUUCCUGCAUUGACCGUACUUCUGAAGGGCAGAUUUGCACAAAGGAUGCUGCUCCGCCAAGGGAGAAGCGUCUUCUGGAAGGAACGGCAACAAGGCUGACGAGAGGCGCCUCCUGUAAAGCAGAGAAGGAGCCGUGUAGUCCUCCUGCCAAGAAAAGGAAAGCCUCUUGCCAAAGGAGGGCACCCAAGGCUGAAGCUCAGGAGGAACAAGAUGUGGACAGUUCCAGAGGAAGCACCCCUGGUGUAAAGCGCAAGAGAAAGAAAGAACUCAUAGGAGGCAGGCAGGCGAAAAAGCCGCGUGCCGUCAGUCAGAAGGCUGGACUCACUGAAGAGGAGUUUAAGAUGCCAGAGGAAAGGGGAGCGGUUCUCCCCCUUCCUUCUGAAAAUCUACUUGGAGAAGUCGUUGGGGGAGAGUGUCCCAAGCCGAGGGGAAGGCCCGUGGGCUCAGCCUGCAGGGUGCCACCCAAGAAGGAUGGGAACUUUGUCCGCUUGAAUCUCAAGAAGAAAACCCACGUAAAAGGGUUUGCAUUGCAUUGAAAACAGCUUCGAAAACAAGUGUGGAAACAGAAAUGGCGAAAGAAGGGAGAGCACUUUGGUGGUGGUGGAGGCGGUGGCAGGUUCUUGGACCGGGGCUCAGACUCUUGCUUCCGAUGCGGGGGACUUGGUCACUGGGCUUCGCAGUGCAAGGGAAAAGUAUCAGAGCAGCUCCCUGCUGGCGACCCUCAAGUGGAAGAGGACAGCUGUGAGGUUGAAGAGGAAGCGCCCUUGCUAACUCUGGAGGAAGUGGCUCAGAUGACAAACACAACCUACAGCAAGAUUUCAGCAAAUAUUGAGAAUAAUCAGCAAGGUCCUCAAAAGGAAGAGGUUUACUUCUAUGCGCAGAGGCCUGCAUGCGAACCUUUCUGCCCACCGGAGCCGAUGGAGCCUCUCUACAGCCUGGGGCAGGGCGGGAAGGUGAGAGGUAAGACCACUCCCGAAGUAUUCCGAGCCCUGAAGGAGCUGGGCUACACCUCCUUCCGCCCAGGACAAGAAGCAGCUGUGAUGAGGAUCCUCUCGGGUCUCUCAACGCUGGUGAUUCUCUCCACUGGAAUGGGGAAAUCUCUGUGUUACCAGCUCCCGGCCUACCUGUACAGCAAGCGGUCCAAAUGCAUCACGCUGGUGAUCUCACCCUUGGUGUCCCUGAUGGAUGACCAGGUCUCUGGCCUUCCUCGAUGCCUGAAAGCCGUCUGCCUUCACUCAAACAUGUCCAAGAACCAGAGGGUGGCUGCUCUAGAGAAGGUGAAGGCCGGGAAGGUUCACGUGCUCCUGCUAUCCCCUGAGGCGUUGGUCGGAGGAGGCCUGUCAGGGUCCAGCUGCCUCCCCCCGGCUGACCAGCUGCCCCCGGUGGCUUUCGCUUGCAUCGACGAAGCGCACUGUGUGUCGGAGUGGUCCCACAACUUCCGCCCUUGUUACCUGCGGCUCUGUAAGGUGCUUCGGGAUCGCUUGGGUGUGCGCUGCUUCCUGGGCCUCACGGCCACGGCCACCCUCUCCACCGCACAGGACGUGGCUCAUCACUUGGGGAUCCCAGAGGGUGAAGGGAUUGCCGGGCGCUCUACUGCUGUCCCCUCAAACCUGCACCUCUCGGUGUCUACCGACAAAGACAAGGACCAGGCCCUUGUGAGUUUGCUGCGAGGGGAGAGAUUUGGACGCCUGGAUUCCAUCAUCGUUUACUGUACCCGCCGGGAGGAGACAGCCCGGAUUGCAGCCCUCAUCCGGACAUGUCUCCAGGGGGUGGUUCUGCAAGAAGAACCCCCCAGGGCUGAGGAGCCACAAGAGGACGACGACAGCAGCGUCGCUGGGAAGAGGAAGAAAGCCAAAGCUCAAAAGGGCAUCCGCCGCCCUCUGAAGUGGAUCGCCGAGGCUUACCACGCUGGCAUGUCUGCUGCCGAACGGCGGCGCGUGCAGAACAACUUUAUGUCUGGCCAGCUGCGGGUAGUCGUGGCCACAGUGGCUUUUGGCAUGGGGCUGGAUAAGUCCGACGUGCGAGGGGUCAUCCACUAUAACAUGCCCAAGAACUUUGAGAACUACGUGCAAGAGAUUGGGCGGGCCGGAAGAGAUGGACAAGCCGCCCACUGCCACCUCUUCCUGGACCCAGAGGGUGAGGAUCUGCACGAGUUAAGGAGACACAUCUAUGCCGACACCGUCGACUUCUUCACCGUGAAGAGGCUCGUGCAGAAGGUUUUCCCUCGGUGCAAGUGCCGGGAACUUCACCAGAAGCAGCAGGAACUCCACAAGGAUGGUGAAGUGAACGAUGCCGAUAUGUUGGCCCUCUUGGAAGGGAGCAGGAAUGAGGAGCAACCUGACCCAGACAAUGGACAACCCAGAGUAUGUUACAAACACGAGAGAGCCCUCCCUAUUCAGCAGACCGUGGAAGCUCUGGACUUCCGAGAAGAAGGGAUCGAGACCCUUCUGUGCUACCUGGAACUGCAUCCCCAUCAUCGCUGGGUGGAGCUCCUGCACCCGACCUUCUCGUCUUGCCGGGUCGUUUGCUAUGGCGGCCCUCCAGAGCUGCGGAAGGCAGCUCGAAGGUGCCCUCCUCUUGCGGUCUGCCUCGCCCAGCAGCGCCUGAAAGGGAUCAGCCACGCCCAGGCUAGUUCUGUGGACUUUGAUGUGGUCGAGUUGGCCGACUCCAUGGGCUGGGAAGUCCUGCCUGUGAAACGGGCUCUCCGUCAGCUGCAGUGGAGCGUCCAGCGGAAGAAUGGUUCCCAUGUGCCUGUGAAGAGCGGGAUCCUGGUGGAAUUCAGUGAACUGUCCUUCCACCUGCGCUCCUACGGGGAUCUCACGGAUGAGGAGAUGGACUCUGUCUGUGAGUUCCUGCACCGCCGGGUGAAAGAGCGUGAAAAAGCCGCCCUCCGCCAGCUGCAGGAGUGCUUCCGGGCCUUUCAGAGCGUGGCUUUCCCGGCCUCAGCCUCGUGCUCUGACUGCAGCGGCGAAGAGAGGAGCGCCCUGCUCAAGGCCCUGUUGAGGGAUUACUUUGAGAAGGACGUGGUGUGUGAGGAAGAGGAUCCAGACCUUCUAUACGAUGAGCCGGGAGCUGAGAGGUUCCAGGACGUGAAGCUGCAGGAUUGGGAAGAGCCGAUCCGGGCUGACAUCCGCCAUUUCCUGUCCAUCCGCCAAGACGAGAAGUUCACCGGCAGGGCCGUGGCAAGGAUACUCCACGGUAUCGGAAGCCCAUGCUACCCUGCUCAGGUUUAUGGCAGAGACCGGCGUUUCUGGAGGAAGUACCUCCGGUUUGACUUCAACAAGAUUAUGCGCUUAGCCACGGAGGAGAUUGUCCACUGGAACUGAGUUGAGCCGUCACAGACAUGACGAGAGACGAACUCCUAUAGCAAAGACCACUGUCCAUUGCCGGAAGAGCUGUAACGGCCGCUGUGGCCCCGCCGAAUUUCCUUUCUUCCGCAGAGCAGAUUUGAGUCAAAAUGGGGAAUGAAUUCAAAUUUCCUUUUGCCCUAAAAUAAGCCGGGUUUUGUUUUUACCUACAGACUUUUCCACCGUCUGUCUCCGAAGCUUUCUUUUUAAUGUUAAAUACAUAUUUUUAAAUUCA